AUGGCACAUCUGGCCGCAGGGCUCGAGCCUCCUCAACAAGUUCAAGCGUCUCUCAACGCCGCUUGGAAGGGCGUCGCCUCUGUGCAUGCAGAAGUGAGCCUUAUCCGGAUUCCAACUAUUGGCGUUCGUCGACAACGCUUGGGCGAGCUGCUUUCAGAGCUGCAAUUUCUGUGUGGCCUCCUGAAUUGUAUUUUCUGCCUCUCUCUUCACUUGUCAACUCAAGACCAGCAGGCUGUCGACGGCUUCUUCAACUAUGCCAUCUUGGACAGCAUUGCACGUGUCGUCGAGAACAUUUUGGAUACUGCCGCCACGGCCCCGGAUGAUGAGUUGGUCACCAUGACUGUGAACGUGAGGUUUUAUCGGGACCUGGUAUCACAAAUCGCCACCUUCGCUGCCUACAACCUGUCCGUCCUUCACCAAACCCUCUUGAUAGGACAUCCCAUACCGCCUUCAACCUCGAAAAUCCCCACCGUCGAUGAUCUUGGUCCAACUCUGGAGAAGUGGCUGCGUCUGCUGAACUCUAGGCACUAUGAUCGAACCAUUCUCGAGUGGGCUUCUGAGCGUGGCCUGGUUCAGGCUCGUCGAGAGUUGGACCCCGAAUACCAGCGGGCAGCCACAGGCUGGGCAAAGUUCGCAAGCACUAGCUGGGAGUUCAUAGAGCCUUUUGUGAGACAACUCUUUGCCAUGCCAGCCACCAACAACUUCACACAAUGGGCUAUCGAGCACGCCCGAUCAUCCUGGCCAUACGUCUACGGCUUCGACGCGCCUACGGCCCAGCCCGUGGUCACCUUGGUCAAUGAUAUAUCCCUUGGAAAAGUCACGCCUCUUCACUAUGCUGCCAUGCUUGGGCUUUCCGACCUUGUCAAGUAUCUCUUGCUUGGUUCCCAGACUAUCAAUCUAGUCAAUGCGAACGGCUGUUUCGGGACGCCUCUGUUUUGCGCCCUGGUCGGACCUCGUGUGCUGUUAUUUGGAACCCAGCCGUCGUCUUGGGGAUACUUGGUCGUUUCAAUGGAGCCUGCGGAUGCGGCGCUCAUCAAAGAGCUAUUGGCACGGGGCGCUUCGGGAGACUUCAGCUUCUCCAUGCCGGACGUGGAGAACCCGAUUCAAUUGACGCAUGUUGCAUUCGUGGCGGCCACCAUCCUCGAGGACCCUGACAUUUUUACAAUGGCCGCGGAAGCAAGAACCCCCCUCCAAGAAGAUUUCACCCUUAUGCUCAUCAGCUCCUCCGUCUUUGAAGAAAAAGCUGAUUCAAAUCCGGCCGUCAUGUCUAAGCUAGUCACGGCAGCUUUCGACCGGGCUAUGGUUAUGGCAGAUGACAGCCUGCCAUGGGAGGAUGACGUGGUCUGCGGUGCUAUUUGGAAGUUUAUGAACGUAGAAUGCUUGGGUUUCGAUACGGAACAAAAGGUUACGUUGCCAUUCAUCAGCGAUGGCGACUUCGCGUCCGUCGUACGGCAGUGCGUGAUUGACGAUCGCGCCAUCAUUCAUGGUAGGCCCGUCUACCUUGAGCGACUGAUGCAGGACAGGCGCUUCGACCCGAAUCUUCUUGCUCGGGAGGGUACCGACGAAGAAGGCACCAUUUUGCAUUUGGCUGUCAGUGGCAGGCACGAGCUGGUGCUGCACGAACUCUACCUCGCCAACGCUGACUUUGGCGCCAGGGACGCGCAGGGCCGGACUCCCCUCAUGGUUAUCGAGAGCGUGGCGGUUUUGAGAGCCCUGGUCAGGCAGUACAAGGUUUCGACUACAGCCAAGAACAACGACGGCCAGAACAUCUGGCAUCUAGCGGCCGCCACCAACGAUGCCUCACUCCUCAAGUGGCUCUGUGCAAAUGAUCCAGACAAGCCCGCCAACAUCAACGUUAUCAGUAACGCUGGGCGGACACCCCUCGCCGAAGCCCUCCUUUGCUUCAGUAUUCUCUCGGACAGACAACACAAGCCAACCCCGACAGCGGCGAAGACGCUGCUAGACGAGGAGUUGGUUGACGUCAAGCUCGGGACUUCGAACCUGCCAAUGAGCAUGGCAGAAAUCACCGCCCAAUGGACAGACUCCGAGUUGGCCGCUAAGCUAGUAGCGGCUGGGGUGGCAAUCUGA